CACUAACAAAAGCACUAUAUCAACAUUGGCGAGCUAAUGGAAUAAGAGCAAUUACCUUGUCAAAGCUCCCGAAGCCGCCUUUAUGACAGGAAAUUCAAGGAUUUGACCAGGUACCAAAGUAGAACUGCACCUAAAAGUGUUACUUCUCUUUGGUACAUAGCAGGUGGAUCUGUAAGCACUUCCCAGAACACGAAGAGUCCAACUGUCCUGUCUCUGGAGUUCAGAAACCCAGGUGGAUCUGUAAGCUCAUUCAGCUAUCAUUAUAUGCAGCAUCUCCAAUUGGUGAAUUCUCAUAAGGGAAUUUCAAAUCUUUUGAAAAAACAAUGUUGUGUUGUUCAAUUAUACAUAGGAAAUCCAGUUUUCGCUACACAUCAAGAAUGACCAUCUUAUGCACAAUUUAAACAGCAAAGACAAGCGAACAGAAAAUAUUAUUUUGCUCUAUUCUCUAGCUUGUAGCAUUAACCAGCCAAUCUGCUACCAGUGGAUGAAAAGAGGGCAUACCGCCUCCCUCACACCCAAAAACACAUUUUCUCGCUGGUCCAGGGGAUUAACUAGAAACAACUAGAAAUCAGAUAUCCUUUAAGACGCAACAUGUUAGAUCAAGGGCAUUCAGAUGAAUAAGCCCGAGCUGUUGAGAUAAAGUGAAUCAAUGGAAGCUCCAACGGGUAAUCUUAUCUCUUUUGCUUUUUUGUACGAGACCCAGCCGAGCUGCGACGGCUCCUGCAGCCCGAGCGAGCAGCUCCGCCACCAGAAAUCAAUCAUGAAGAGCCAGAGAAAUGCCCUGUUGAUCGCCGCCGCGCUGAUCUUCUAUUGGCUGCUUUACUCCGCCACCAAUCUCGUCGUCAAGAUCGAGCAGCUGAAUCAGCGCGUUGAGAGGCUCAAGAGCAAGGAGUGAUGGAAUGUGCUCGGCGUCGGCGGUGGGAAUUUAGAUAUUUUAAUUUAAUUAUAUUUUAAUUUAAUUUAAUGUGUUGUUAUACUAUCUGGACCGUAUUCAACGGGAAGGGUAAUUGCGUUAGAUGGAAGCUCAUUCAUUCAAAGCGGUAAUUCACCAGGUUAUGAGAACGUGGACUGGUCUACAUUGGCUUUAGGUUAGUUGGCUGUUAUUGUAAUUUUUUUUUUAAUGGUUAUUAGGCUUGGAAAAAUAAGGGAAGCAAUUCUUGCAUCGGCCAACUAGGAGAGCGAACCAUAGCAAUGGUUUAAUCCUCCAUCUCAAGGAGGAUAUAAUCGAAUUGGAACUAAACUUGAAAGUCAAUCGACAUUGAAAUAAGGUGAGUGUAAAGGGGGUAAAUUCUACUCCUUACGUGUUUUUUUCAAGUAUUACGAGCUUUAAGUAUUUUGUUGAAGUGAUUGUUAUGAUUUGAUUGUGCUUAUGAUUGGUGAUUGUGAAUGAUGAGCUUUGAUUGAAGUGAAUAUGUAUGAGUCCUUACUUACUUUAAAGCUUUACGUUGUAAUGAGUUAUUGUUAAAGUUUAAGAAACAAGUUCUUGUUAAGAAGUACUUCACCUUCAAGAAGGUGAAGUCGUUUAAGUGUUUUUAGUUGCUAGCGCCCGUCCGUUGCCAUUUGAGAUUUUCAUAUAGAGCAGCAGUUAUGCUCUUGAGAUUUUUAAGUUGAGCAGCAGUUAUGCUCUUGAGUCUCGUGGAAGAAGAGCCUUCCACGAUAAGUUUAAGUUUAAGGAAAGCCUGGAGGGCUUCUCAUACAUAUGAUUUGGGCAACCGGACUAGCUAGUGAGGGAUCCCCGUAUCAGUCAAGUAUUUAAGCCAAGCUUUGAAAUUUAAGAAUGUAGAGUAACAGUAACUCCUAUACAGUUUUAAGAGUGGAAGUACAAACAACUUCCACCAAUUUAAGUAAGUGUUUUUAGUAAAGUGCUAAGCAUUAGAGUUUAAACGUAAGGUCGUAGACUGACUCCAUCUCACUCACCAGUUCGAAGAGCUAAAGGAGGAGCUAGAGGAGCGGUUCAUGAGCAGCAAGUUCGAGGGCAGCCAGCUAGAGGAGGACAAUAUAAGCGUUACGGAGGAUGCUUAGUCAAGGUUUUCAGUAGCAACAACAUUAGAGAUUAUUAGUUAUUUACUUUUGUGAUUAUGAGUAUAGACUGGAGAUCAUUUUGAGAUUUUAAGUAUUGAGUUUGUCCAUGUGUUAGGGCAUUGCUUUAAACUCCAAGUGUGUGUUUUCAGUAUUUUAUUUAUGAAAAUUCUUCUCGCUGCAAUUUAAGAUUUGAGUAUUUUAUUUAUCAAUGACAUUUUAGUAAAAGUAGUACCCGGCCGGGUUAGGGUCUUACAAAUAUGACUCGCUGCUAUUAUUUCUGGGCUAAAUUACACGUUUGGUCACUCAAAUUAUACAAAUCUUUCAUGUUUGCUAUCCGAAUUAUUUUUGUUUCUUAGUCGCCACUAACUUUACGAAUCAUUUCACCGUUAGUCACCGGCCGUUACACUCCGUUAAAUUUGUCCUACGUGGCAGUCAACUAUUAAGUCACAUAUAAGAAUAAGAUCACGAAAUUAUGCAAAUACAUAUGCAAGCGUCCAAGCCGACAGAAUUCAACGUCUCUCCUUAAGGAAUCUUAUUCCCCUCUAGCAACCAAGGUUAUGGAAUGAUUACUCCCAGGAUAGAAAGGACGUACCUUUUCCGGCGUAGCGGUACCUCAAACCCCGAAAAUCAUCGAAUGCAGCGAACCGGCGAGAACCACACUUGACUCGAUUUUCUCUUUGAAAAUAAUGCAGAAAACUAGUUUUGGAUUUUAGCAGAGUUUUGUUACCGGAAAAACGUGUCUAAAAACCAGAGGGGUUAUGUGCUAGUUAUAGAAAAUGGAGGGGUGCGUACGAAGGGAGGCGACUCUUCAUAUGGGUGGUUACACCCCCAACCAACACAUUUGUUCAUUUUAAAAUAAUGAACCAUUGCAUCGGUUUGGCCCAUGGUAGUUGGGCUGGUUUGGUUAUUCCAACCGCCACAUCGGUUCGGAUCGAUUUGGUUCAACUCGAUUUGGUCUGGUUGGUUACACAAACCAAUAUUAUCGAUUACCAACAUAGUACAUCAAAUCGACCGAAUUCGCGGCCACGCCUUCCCACAGCUUACCAACAUGGUACUUCAAGAGAUUCUCUUGGAUCUUUUCCCUUUCAUUUCCAUUCACACCAUUAAAAAUCUUAACAACCCCCACAUGAAUGGAGAAUGUUGUACUUUAAAAACUAUGCCAAAAAUCGUGUUUGAUUCUCGACUAAGAAUUAGUUGCAUCGGGAUAGGUAGGUUUCCCUUUGAACCUUCCUUAGUGAACAUAUAUCGAGUAUACUCACCAAUUGGUAGAUGUGAUAUCUUUGAAUCGUCGAUUUUGCUUGUACUCUAAGACAACAUAUGUCACACAACUAACUCUAAUUCGUUCACUAGUUCUCAUUGUUGUGUUCGUUUUAGCCAUGAACACCGCCUGGUCUCAUGAGUGCUUAGAUAACUGACCUUCUUUUACUCUCCUUGAAGCGGCUCCACUUCACACUCACAUAGGUGAUUUCUAAACGUGUAUUUCAAAAAUACACUAUUUGAUCACACCACGUGUCAAAUUUAGAAACCAUUAAAAACCUUUUGUAUUUAGGUUUACCCUUAUUUUGGACAUUGUCUCAUCAUGAGAAUGGAUUUUGAAUAAGUUGACAAUGUCGGACCACCAUUCACAACUUUGUUUGCACCUUAAACCUAGAGGUUGGGCCUGCCAAUCCUACUUAGGUAGAGUUACCGCCAUGAUGAUUUGUCCUAGGCCACGAGUCCAUUCCCUUUGAUGCUUUAAUUAAUUUCUAGGUGGGCCCCAUGUUUGUUAUCAUUUGAUCUCAAUGAUCAUCUUCGAUAACUUUGCUAGAACUUAAUCAAUCAAUAAUGUUAUGUUUCAAUGACCUAUUACGAGAUUUUCACAUAACACUUCUAGCCCUUGCAAUAACAACUUUGUGCACAAGUGCGUUUAUUAACGCCAGUCUUUGCGGGCCAUACUAUCGAACUUCACCGAUCUUAGAGUGGGUAUAUAUAUAGUUUAACUUGGACGUUUCCCAAGAUAUUGAUCCCCAUCAACCAUAAAUGCAUAUCCAUUAAUAGAUUGCCUUUUGGUUCAUCCGGUGAGUUCCCUUUCGGUACAAUACACCAAAGACUCGUCUCUUUCGAUUAACUACACAUCAUGUGUGCUUGACUUGAAUUGUUGCCUUGCAAUAAUUAUAACACAUGCUA